UCAUCGAUCCCUAUCGUCCAUUUCUUCAUCUUGAGGUCGACGAUAUCGACCGUUCAAAGUCUCACACCGACGGCCUAUAAAGAAGAGUAUCAAUGAUAAUUCUCCCAAAAAGAAAAUAAGCUUAUUAAGACUUUCACGUCUAAAAGUCUCGUUUCUUGUGAUUUAAUCAAAAAAAAAAAGUAUCGUUUCUUGUGAUAAACAUGAGCUCGGAGAAGAAACAAGAACGCCGCGAAGAAGAUAACGGUGAUGGAAACAAAGGGUUGUCAACUAAAAUUGUACGUACGGUAACGGAGGAAGAGGUGGAUGAGUUUUUCAAGAUACUACGUAGAGUACACGUGGCGACACGGACGGGUGCGAAAGUUAACGUCGGUGUCGAUGAACGAGGGUUACCGACUAAGAAGAGGAAACGGAGUCAGAGCCUUGGUUUGGUAAACUCAUUGCAUAGUAACGGCGUUAGAGAUGGAGAACUCGAUGGAAUAACUCAGGUCGGGUUAAGAAAUUCGGGUUUGGAUCUGAACUGUAAACCGGAACCUGAAACCGUUAGUUUGUAAUCCUUCUGCCGAGUUUACAUCUUUCUUCCUAUAAUUAAUUUCCAAUAUACCUAAAUAAUUUUUAACA